AUGGCGCCGCCGAAGCUGGGGCAGCCUUUGGGCAGGCCCCAAAUGGGGCUGCUGGGCCGGGGCACCCCCGGCGCGCGGUUGCUGCGGCGGCCGCGGCCGGAGCGCGGGAGGGAACUCCUGCCGAGCCCGCUGACUCUGCUGUGUCUGUGCUUAGCGGCCGGCUUUGCCUUCCUGCUCCUGGGCAGCUCGCGCAUGGACAGUCUCAUCUCGCGCUCCAACCGAGGCGGCCGUCGCAUGACGGUGCGCAUGGGCUCGGAGCGACACAUCAGCGGUGACUCAGCGGUUAUGCCGCUGCCGGACGCGGUUCCGGAGGACCUCGUGGACGCCGCGGCGAUUCUGGGCCGCGGGACGAGGUACAGGGGCAGCGCUAAAUUGGAGUCAGUUGCCACCGAGGGGGGGCACCUGGGGGGACUCGCCCUACCCAAAAUGGAGCCUGGCGGCGGGCACGCCUCCGCAGAUGCUGCAAAAUCAGGCGUUAAUAAAGCUUUUGGAGAGGCGGGGCUGAGGGCGUUGGAGAGGGAAGGAUUGGACAGCUUUGUGGAUCAGCAGAGGGUGACUGACGAUGACUCGCAGCCGGACCUUCGCGCACUCGGCAGCGGCGGCGGCGGCGGCGGCGCUGCGGCGCUGCUCGGGAAGCUUCCCGAGCAGCUUCCUGUCAACAUGCAGCUCAGCGGAGCGCAGCGCGCCGGGUCCGACCCGGCGGCUGCCGCGGCCGCCGUCGCAAACGGGGCGGGCAAGGGCAACAAAGCCACGUCAGCGCAGGAGGUUUUGGCCCAGGGGCUGAGGGAGUCGAACCGAAAGCGGGCACACCAACAACUGGACAGGCACGCCGUGCAGAUUCAGGUUUCCAAGAGCCUGGUCGAUCUGCCGGUGGACACUCGGGAUAGCCUGCUGUCAAGCAUGGGCGUGAGCAAGGACGGCAAGGGCAGCGAGAAGCCGCCGGCGAUGACUCACAACGACUCAGCGGGGGCCGACGCAACUGUCUCCGCGGCGGCCGGCGGCGCCGUCAGCGCUGACUCAGCGGCUUACUCAUCUGCGGACUCAGCGCUACCAGGGCAAGGCACAGCUGCAGCUGUUGCUAUCAGCGGCACCGCAGCUGAGGCGGAAAAUGAAGAGGAGGAGGAAUGGGAUUUCGACAGGAAGGCUCAGGCGCUACAGGCGGAGUUGUUCGACCUCAAGGGGCUCAUUCCUGGAGCGCUGAGGCCUCUCAAGGACCGGCCGCGCCAGAAGAGGAAGGGGCUGUCAGGGGUGAGCAAGGCUAUGAGCAGCCGGGGAAUGCCGGCGAGCGGCGAGUGCCAAAUGCUGCUGGCAAAGGCCAUCGAGGGUGACAAAGAGAGGGAGGUGAGGCAGAGGGAGGAGCACCUGAAGUCGCUGCCGAAUAUCUGGGACCCGGAAACCGAGAAGAAGGCGCGGGAACCAGAAAAGUUCCGGACGCGUGCCGAUCAUGCUGGCAAGCCGACGGAGUUCCCUCCUGGGACCGAGGGCAUGCUGGGCCGCCAGUACACAGAGGCGGAUGCGUCGCAGAGCCUGGAGGAUCACAGGAGCGAGGGAGGGAUCGCGGCGCUAGACAAGGCGCCGCCGGCCGCCGCCGGGGCGGCCAAUCCCGAGUCCGUCACGGCGCAGGCGCGGGCGUUGGAGGGAAUGCUGCAGGCGCUGUGCGGGGGUGAUGAGGAGUGCAUGCUUGAAGUCUGGCGCUCGUGCAAGGAACAACCCAAGUGUGUUGAAAGCCUGUACAACGAGCGCAUGGCAGAAGAGAAGGAGAAGGCUGCUGCUGCAGGCGCCAACAAAGCCCAGGGGGCGGCUGGCGGGGCCGGGCAGCCCGGGGAGGGCAGCGGCGGGCAGCCCAGCGAGGCGGCAGCGGCUGCCAAGCUGCAGGAGGCGUGCGGCGGCCGUGCAGAGUGCAUACAGCAGGUGCGCCUGAUGUGCGGCAGCCAGCCGGCAUGUGUCGUGGGCGUCGCCAAGCAAGUCCUGAAAUCGAGCAAGGACAAGAGCGGGGAUUCCAAGGGUAAAAAGGUGGGCGCUGCGGCCGGCGGCGCAGUUGCCGCUGCACUCGAUCUGCUUCCCCUGGAAAAGGCCAACAAGGCGGCCAACGCCAGCCAAAAGAUGGGCGCCGUGGCAGGCGCGUCGGCGAGCCUGCAGGCGGCGCACGCUGAGGCGGCCAGCUCGGAGCAAAAGACCGCGCAGGGAACGCAGCUGCAGACCAGCGCAGCCAGCGCUGACAGGUGGGCGCAGGAGCUCAUGUCGCGCAUGUGCCAGGGCCGCCAGGCGUGCGUGGAGGAUGUCUGGCGACUGUGCAAGGGCCGCUACGACUGCAUCAAGACCUCCUGGGCCGCACACGCUGCGCAGACCGCGCAGUCCGGCGGCAAGCUCGCCACGUCAUCCGCCACAUCAGCUGCCGCCGCCACCGCGCGAUGA